AGACUCAGAAAGGACUGUUUGGGAUAAUUGACAAAGAAUUAGUUCUUCCCCUCCCUGGCAUCUUGUGGAAUUGGACACAAACUGGAACAUAUUUCAGUAAUCUUCAGGAGUCUUACGUCAGCGGAGAGAAGAGAGAGCUUUCGCAGAGCGCUGAAGAGUGGAGACAGAGGAGGGCAGAGGUGUGCUGGAUGGGGGCCACAGCCGGGCCUGAUGGCAGGAGCCCAGACCACAUCAAGCUCUAAUCACACCCUCUAGGGGCCUCCGGGGUGCUACAGUUCACGUGGAGACACUGAAAAGGUUGUGUGCCCAUGAGGUCGUCCGUGCUGGUCCUGUUCCUCUUCUUCAGUGCCCAGGCUGUGGCCACUAUCGGAGGGGAAUCGUGUGCCGCCACGACGGCACAGCAGCGGGACCCAGGCAGCAACCGCAACUCCAUCCCCGCAGUGGACCCCAAGCUCUUCACCAAGCGCCACUACCUCUCACCCAGGGUGCUCCUCAGCUCCCAGCCCCCCGAUGCAGAGCCGGCAGCGUCACGGGGUGCCGGCAGAAGGACGCGCAGGCGAGCAGGGCAGCCUCAGCACCGUGGGGUGUACUCGGUGUGUGAGAGCAUCAGCGUCUGGGUUGGCAACAAGACCAAGGCCACAGACAUCUCAGGCAACGAGGUGACGGUGCUCCCGGAUGUGAACAUCAACAAUGUCAACAAGAAGCAGUACUUCUUCGAGACAACGUGUCACAGCGCUCACUCGGGCAGCACAGGCUGUUUGGGAAUCGAUGCGAGAAACUGGAACUCCUACUGCACCAACUCACACACUUUUGUACGAGCGCUGACUUCGUUUGAAAACCUGGUGGCGUGGAGGCACAUACGCAUCAACGUGGCCUGUGUGUGCGUGCUCAGCCGCAAGUCAUGGCGGCAGUGAACACUUGACCCGCACAUCGCACGCAUGCAGGCUCACACACUCAGUCAAGUGCGGUACAUACACAUGCAUACUCAAGUUAAUUUGCAGCCAGUUGUGAAUUUUCUCUGCGUAACUUAUCACCAAAGACUUCUCACCCUCUGCACAAAGUAAAUUAUUGGUAUAUGUCAAAGUAUCAGGACUGCAUGUAUAUACACCAGGCCUGGGUCAAAUCGUAUCCGCAGUUGGUUUGAAGCCAGGUUUUGACCUGUUGGAAGCACCAAGUAUUAAGGGACUGUUGCGGUGUCAUCUGACUACUUCAGCUCUGGUUUAUAGCAGGCUCAGCACACAAAGGUUUAAAACGCAGGUGCAGGCUAAAUUGCACCUGACUGCUGUGUGAAAAAGAGCAUCAAACUUUUAAGAAUUACGCAUAGGAUUGCUCUAGGAACAAUAAAAAUCAAAAAAAGAAAAAAGCGGUGCAACAUCCUAUCAAAUGUUUAAAGCAAGUGCAAAUAAUAGGCUACGAUUUCCCAAAGAAGCCAGGAACUCAGGAGAAAGGACCCAAAUGCAGACACACAAGACAGGCUGAUGCGGUGAAGGUGUUUUAAUACAAAAAAUCAGGCUGGACAGGUGGAUGGACAGGUGUCAAGCACACCGGCAGGCACUAACGACACGGGGACCACGAGGGAUGAUCCACAGGAGCAAAGGUAGAUCCACUAGGAACUCGGGAGCUUACACAGGAAACUAAAAAGACGAACCGACCGAGAGUGAAGGGAGCACAGAGACUAAACACACGAGAAAGGCAGGGGUAAUUGGGAACAGGGGACACUCAGCAGGGCGCGGCAGGCAAUCAAAUAGGCAGGAAACACACAAGGGCAGGAAGUACAACAACCGCAGACACACAAAAAAAGGUAAUUUCAAAUUUAAAACAGGAAAUAAUAACACAGAGUCCAGGGCAAAGAGUCACUCAAAGGGAAGAUUAUGACAUAAGACUAUCCCCAUUCCAAAUUAUACACGUCGCUUGAGCAAACAAAUUAUUCAUCAUGACCAACAACAUCCUCAGAAUCAUAACACAUUACAGAAGGUAUGUCCCCACCUCUGUUUCUGUACUGCAGAAUCUGCAGGAUCUACUCUUAACUCCAGAGAUUUUCCAUUAUCACGAACUGCUGAGGGAAGAAUUCAAAAAUCCCACCGCACCAAUGUACAGUGUGCGUUUUACCAUUUAUAGCCGAGUUACACUUUAGAUGAACAGAGCAUAUAUUUUUUCAUGAAUUAAUACCGCAGUAUAUCAUAUUGUCGUAGCUACUAAAACAAUUAACAUGUUUCAGCUGCCUAAAUUACUGACAAACUGAGAUCAUGUCUGCAGGCACUGGACAUGUGCUGCUACAUUUAGUUUAUACAUUGCUCCAAUCUGUCACAUCAUCAGUCACCCUCUUCCUGCCGUCAAAAAUAAAGUGAUAAGGUCAUACAAGCCAAAAUAAUUUAACUCUGAGAAACUGAUAAAAUGAUUUGAGCUGUAGAAAUCUGCACUUAGGCUGCAUUUUGAGACCCCUGCGGCGGUUUUGACUUAAGCCUCAGAUUCGGCGACCUCCGGUGGCGUUCAGGCGAAUUCAGCGGGGCGCAGGGUUCAGACUGAGCGACGGGUGCAGUUUAGACGGCAGCCUCGGAGGCCACAGCGUGGGGUUUAACAGACCAGACAGCACGUCUUACACUAGAAAACCACAGCUAAGCUUGUCACAGAGCGACAGCCCAACAACACAAUCAGGAUAAUUAUAGUAUUUCUCUGCCACCCCUUACAUUUUUCCUACAGCACACCCCAACUCACUCUAAGAAGCCUAAUGCAACCCACAAGUCAUGGAAACACAAUUUGACCCAGGUCUGAUGUAAACAAAACUUUUUGUUAAAAUGUUGUUGUUGACAUUGUUAUUUAUUAAACACUCACAUACAUGCACUGUGUGUUUUAUGAAGUUUGUUGAAUACUAAGCCUGUUGUCCCUUUCAGUCUUGACAUGAGAAAAAGCUUCAUAUUUUUUUGGCCCAGAUGGAAAAAUGAAGAGAAAACCCAUAUGGCUUCAUUUUACUGCCAGUAAUUUGGUGUUUUGGCCUUGCUUUGUGCUUUCCUCCUGCUCUUCAUUCUACAGUAGAUAUGACACAAGAGGAAAAAGACAUAAAGAUAAAUAAGAUUGCCAGUGAUUCAUCGGCCGGACUCUGGCUGAUAACAUCGUGGCUUGUCAUUUUCUUUGAUUUGGCAGUGGCAUUUCGGUGUCGUGAGCGCACGGCACAUUCUACUCAAGGCGGACAGUCGAUACCAGUUGUGACGUUUUGGGCCCAGAGCCUAAUUUCGCAUCACGGCUGACAUUUAAAAUCUCCGAUGUGAGCUCUGUGAGCUUGGAGGUAAACUUGAAACCGAGACAAAGGGCAGCUGCUGAGAGCAUUUUUCUGGAAAACUAGAGUUUUAAGAGAAAUACUCCCACAGAGCUGUCUACCUGUCAUC